GCGUGGUGGCCUUCACAGAGUCUCCUCGUAGGUUGGGAUUGUUAAAUAUUAUAGAGAAUUCAUAUCUUGUAGUUUGUGACGGACGUAUGUGAACCGUUUGCUCUAUGAUCUGGCUAACUUUUGUUUAGUCUUUGUCGUUGUUGCGAAACGACCGUCGGGGAGAGGAGAACGUUUGAAUGUUUUGUGUUCAAAAUUAAAAUACAUACUUUGUAUAACUCACAUGUGUCUAGUAAAACAACCCGACCGUGACUCUGGCUGAUUUCAGUAUGACUUCACCUCGGAAUAGAUCAUUCGAUGUAUUCUCGUUUAAAUUUGGAUAUUUUACUCAUAUUUUGUGACUAGACAACUUAAUAUAUGGCGUUUUGAAAUGGAUGUCACAACGAGAGGAUGGGAUUCUUAAUUCUGUUGAAUGUUUAUCUUUAAACAAGCGAGGAAUGAUCGCCGAGUAAUCCACGGCAGUAAAAACAGUAAAAUGUUCCGAAAUGUGGUGACGUGUGCCAAAAUUCUCCUCUUUCUUCUCAAUUUAUGGGUUUUAUCCAUCGUGCUGGUCGUAGUUUUAGGGAAAUGGCAGAUAUUUGAAACACGAGAAAUGACCCAACCCUAUGAUACUUCACAUCUUAUCGUCAUGAGGGAGUUAAAAGAAGAUGGCGACCGGAAGUUACCAGGGCCAUCAGCAGCAAAAUCAAAUCAGCCUCCUCCAGAAAUACCAAAUGCUCCAGUUAAAAAGGAAGUGAAUACCGAACUUCAUUUCGCCCCGUCUCUAACGGAAGAAGAAGAUAGAAUACAUACGAUGCGACAUUGGUGCAAAAAACUCCGUCCAAAUCUUCCGACCGCUGAUCUCAUUCCGUCUGUGAAACUCCAACAAAUACUCGUGGACGAUAAACACAAACUCCUUUACUGUCAAAUUCCUGGAGUGGCUCAAAACGAUUGGAGAAAAAUUCUCGUGUUUUUGUCUGGAGCGGCCAAAGUUAAGAGCCAUUUGGACAUUUCGGUCAGCGAUGUCCAUUCCAAAUAUAGCAAACAAUUAAAAAGAUUAAGUGAUUUUUCGGCUCCGGAAAGGAAGAAACGAAUCGAUAAAUAUUAUAAAUUUUCUUUUGUUCGCGAUCCUUUAGAAAGACUAUACUCCUCUUAUGAUAAUAAAUUUAAAGCGAAAUGGAGUACUUACUUCCAUUUGAGUUUUGGAAAAAAAAUCAUUCAAAAAUACAGAAAGAAGCCAUCGAAAGCGUCACUUCAGAAAGGAAAUGACGUAAUGUUUCGAGAGUUUGUACAAUACGUCAUCGAUGCUGAUGAUAAUGAAGAAAAUUUAAAUGAACACUGGGAACAAUUUUAUAAACAAUGUCAUCCAUGUUUAAUUCCAUACGAUUUUGUAGGAAAAUAUGAAACUUUAAACAAGGACAUAGACCAUGUAUUAAAAGCUAUCAAAGUGCGCGGCAACAUCAAAGGUUCAUUAGUGGCUAGUAACUAUACUUACCCCAAACAGACUUUAACGGCAGCUUAUAAAACUGUGCCAUUGAACAAUUUACAUAAACUGUGGAAGAUGUACUAUCCUGACUAUAAUCUAUAUAGUUAUCCUUUCCCAUCCUUAUUGACGGAGCUAAUCAAAAAGAAGGAUUACACCGAUUACUAAAACAAGUUAAAUUGUGAGAUUUUAAAACAGGGUGUGGACUGAGUAUUUAUGGGCCCCUCGGACCAAAUAGUUUCCUUCGGUUCCCAUUGCCGUGAAGAAUACGUGACCAGCUCGAUUCGUCUUUCUCGGGCCGUCGGGCCCAGUCUGCCUUAUUUUAAAAAAUGAGGGUUCAUUUUUAUGUUUUAAUUAUCAUAGGAUUUUUUGAAAUUAUUACCGGUUACGUUGUUAUUGCCUUUUGUAUAUUUUAAGGCGCUCUUUCCUUUGAAAGUGUAUAUUUAUAUUUCACCGUUAUUAGUUCUGUAAUCUGCACCGCUUUCAGCAUAAUAUCUGUGAUAACUAAAUAGUCCUAGAAUUUGAAUAUUGUAAAACACACAUGUAUAACACGCACCCCUUUUCGUAACUCCCAGAUUUUCAGGAAAAUCUGAUAUUCUCUUGUACAAUGCCCAGGUAAAAUUUACCGUUCGUCAUCAAUUUACCUUACGCACUGUAUGGACCACGGAUCUUAACUCUCAGGGGUUAUUUUACGUGCACGCCAAUGCGUGCAAUGGACCUCGGUUUUCGUCUCAUCCAAACGACAAGGCGCUGUCCUUGCCAGGCCCUUUGUCCUGUAACAAUGUCAACGGGAAGCCACACCGCCCUAUGCCGGAUAAAGACAUUCAUAUAUUUAUUAAUUAGACGGCUUGGUAGUUUCCGUCCGAUAUACGUGUUUUGUUUUAGCGUGUCAUUUGUUUAUUUCGCUUGUAGAUUUGACUGUCGAUAAAUGUGGUUGUUUUUGUUUUUUUCGUUUUGUCGGAUUUCUUGUCAAAAAAUCGACUAUUUGUGCACUUAGUAUUAGUUGUCUGCAUCCGUCUUGGUAAUUUAUUAUCUCUAUUUCUAUUUUUGUAUUAUUGUUUUGUUUUUAGUAGCAACCGCUUUCCUAUUAUUGCGUUACUUCUGGCCGGGAUCUAAUAAUCAUGGUUACAGUAACCAUAGUAACGAUCUCUAUGUUAAAAUGAUGUUAUGUUAAUUGAUCAAUGCACAAAAUGCAAAAAGAGUGUGUAAUAGGAUUCGAUAAUGUGGAUAAUAAUUUGUUUAUCUGUCGGAUAACUCUCUUGAAGAUGCAUUGUGUAAGAGCUAAAUCUGUCUAUUUGAAAACUUCAAACACCCAUAACUUUGCUGUGGAUAAAGUAAUUUUCAAUACAUCCAUUGGUCGUUAUCCAUGGUUGAACUAUUAUAACAAGAACGGCCAGCUCUUUAACUAAAUCUUACAUCAUGCAUCUUUAAUAUUUGGAACAAGCAACUAUACCCAAAUCGGAAUAUUAUUCGUUACAUUUUGAAAUCCUAUUUUAUGUUUCUGCCGACAUAAUCUUUUUUAAGGUGUUUGCCAAAUAUUAUAUAGAUAUUGUUAUUUUUUACCAAAUUUUAUAAGUUGUACAUAAUUAUUUUUAUACGUGAAUCUGCAUAAUAUUUUAUUGAUGAUUGAUUGAUUAUUGAUUUAUUGAUGAUUUAUUGAUUAUUGAUUUAUUGGUUUAUGGAUUAUGGUAUUCGUAUUUAAUAUAAUCCUUUGUAAUGCCAACGAUCACAGAGACGUUUAUGCCGAGUGCGAACACGUACGCGACCUCUCUGAAUUUCCGCGUGAAUCAUAGUUCGUACUGAAAGCGACGAUACGCGCGGAAAUUCGCGGAUGACAAUGACCCAUUGACCAUGAAGGUCUUUUGAUUGACUGGUGAAAACUGACCGAGCGAACUGAUCCAAACAAAUUUGCCCUGGAGACAAUCUCCUUGGUUUUCCACGCAAAUAAAAUUUCGACCGCGUUCAUAUAGUAGUUAAUCAAUCGAAUGCGAUCGCCGCGUUCGCGUUUUUAUUAAUUUAUUGUUUUAUUAAGUUUGCUGGAACAAACUAACCAGCUCGUGUAAUUCAUUAUCGGUAAAUGCUCAUAUCUCGAAUAUAUGUUCGGAGCGGGAAAACGUCAUAUUUGUUAUGUUUAAGAUUAACCAAUGUGCCUUAUAUUCAAGAUUUUGUUUUUUAAAAUUAUAUAUAAAUAAAAAAAAAUUAUAUUAAAAUAUUUAUUUAAGUAUGAAUUACACAUCAUAAAAAACUGGUAUUGCUCAAAUUGUCUCAAGAACGUUUAAAGAAUAAACUGUUUGCCAUUUUAAAGAUAUAUUUCCUCAACAGUCUUGGUCCUAAUUACACCAAGGAGGGCGGAGAACUAUAUUUCCUACCCAAAACAUUAUGUCUUCAACAAAGUGUUUUUGUUUAGUUUGACUUAUUGACACAUAGGUCUAUCAAAAGGAUCAGUUAUAAACAUUACAAUUUUAAACAUUACAGCGAGUUUAUAUUAAUCAAGCAUUAUGCAAAAGCUAAAUCUGCCUAUUGCAGAUCUUUCUUUAGGCCUGAAAUGUUAUCUAAAUCAUUAAUUAGACAUUAAUUAACUUACCAAAGCAAUAAUCAACUCUUGAUGCCAUCGGAUGCCUGCGACAUUUAGUGGAUUCAAAUAUUUUUCUGGUGGAUGCGGUUACUGUAAAAUUGGAUAACCGAGAUUUUGUUUAUUAUCGUAACAACGAUAGUAAUGACGAUCGAGGCCGGCCUAAAAUUCUUUCGCUAAUAUCUAGGUCCAGAGUGAAGUAAUUUGGCUGAAAUUUUCAGCAUAGUCUAGUUUUGAACUUUUAUAGCUUUUAUCCAAUCUUUAAUAAAUAACGUAAAUGAAUAAAGAUAAUUGUUUUUUGACAAUCUACAAAGUUUUAUGUAACGGCUGUUAUAGCAGUUUACUCGCAUGACAAUGAAUUGGCGAUCGUCGGCGUUACCAAGCAACGACUCGUUAUGAACGACAUGCUCUAUAAAUGACCUAAUUAUGCUGGAGGGAAUAUAUCUAUGACCUGAUUAAGCUUGAGGGAAUAUAUCUUUAAGGAGGAUCUGUGACCUUAUUAUGUUGGAGGGAAUAUAUCUUUAAGGAGGAUCUAUGAAAGAUGGUAUAUUAUCUUAUGUAAAUACUGUAAAUAAAGAGGGAUUACUCAUAGUGCAAUUGUUGGAACAAAAACAUGAAAUGUAUGUUAAAAUAAAAGAAAUAUUGUAAACUGGA